GCGUGUCCAUCCGGUGGCUGCGGCCGGCAUGCACUCGUCGGUGUAAAUUCCGCAAUUUUGCUUAUCUCUGGCCGCCUGAGCUGACUCACAUAGCCGUCGUAAUCACCAAAGAUUUAAUCAGGUGCCUCAUCUCACGCGAUCCAACGGGUCACCGUCGCAAUGGUGCCCCUGGACAUGUUCCACGGCCUCUUCGAAUCCAUCAAAGCGCUGCAACAUGCACCUGUUUAUCACUUGGUGUUCGAGGCGGGUCUCAUCGUGUGGCUUAUGUGGCUGCUCUUCAUGAAGAGCUACAGUCUGACUGACAAACAAAAACUGACCAAAAAGGAAGAGCAAGAACUCAUCGAUGAGUGGAUGCCAGAGCCGCUUGUCCCAGUUACGCCUGUUUCCAGCAGGGCACUCCACCCUAGGAUCGUCUCCAGCAAAGUUGGAAAGUACAUUCAGCUUGGAGACAGACAGUGUUUGAAUUUAGCCACGCACAAUUAUCUCGGCCUUAUUGAAAAUCCAAAAAUUGAGGAAGCUGCUCUCAAGUGUCUCUCUCACUACGGUGUUGGUUCUUGUGGUCCUAGAGGGUUUUAUGGCACUACUGAGGUUCAUCUGGACCUGGAAGACAAACUUGCCGAGUACAUGGGGUGUGAAGAAGCCGUUGUUUAUUCCUACGGAUUUUCAACCAUUGCUAGUGCGAUUCCUGCUUAUUCAAAGCGCUCAGAUGUCAUUUUUGUCGACGAAAUGGUGAAUUUUGCCAUUCAAAAGGGUCUGGAUGCAUCGCGCAGUAGAAUUUUCUUUUUCAAGCACAAUGACGUGGAAGAUUUGGAACGGAUCUUGAUGGAGCAGGCUGAUUUGGACAGAAAGAAUCCAAAAAGAGCCAAGAGGACUAGGCGCUUUUUGGUCGCCGAAGGAAUUUACAUGAAUACUGGAGAAAUGGCCCCUCUGCCUAGGUUGCUGGAACUGAGAGAAAAAUACAAACUUCGUUUCUUCCUGGACGAAUCUGUUUCAUUUGGCACUAUUGGCAAAAAUGGUCACGGUAUCACCGAGUACUACAACAUUGACCCUGCUGAGCUGGACAUGAUUUCCGGAAGUCUUGAGUAUGCAGUUGGGUCCAUUGGUGGCUUUUGUGUCGGUUCUCAUUUCAUCAUUGAACACCAGCGCCUUUCUGGACUUGGGUACUGUUUUUCGGCCUCGGCACCUCCGCUCAUGAUGGCAGCAGCGAUCACCUCCUUGGACAUCAUGAAAAAAGAUCCUUCGAUAUUCCAGACACUGAAAAGCAACUGCAUAUUCAUGCACGAAAAACUGAACAGCCUGUUAAUAUCAGAGCUUCGAGUCUUCGCCCAUCCAGAAUCAGUUGUGAAACACAUCCGACUUGCAAUUCCAUCAGGAGACAAAACCAAAGACGAGGAAAUCUUGAAUGAUAUCGUGAUGCAGUGUGAGGAGGCUAAUCUAGCUUUGACCACUGCUGCCUAUUUGACUGAUCAAGAAAAGAAACUGCCCGAACCAAGCAUUCGCAUCACCGUGAACGCCUUACUCACUAAAAUAGAAAUGGAAUCUGCCAUCAAGACAAUCAAUAAGGCCGCAGCGGCUGUUCUCAGCAGCAAAUGUUCAUGAUUGUGUGCUUAAUUGAGCUAAGACUAUGUGCUGAAGUGCUCUUUUUCCCUUUUUAAAUUUAAUUUAGCCGAGCCAGUCGUACCAUUUUAAAUCUAUCAAACCUCCAUGUAUUUAUAUGCAUUUUUCUUUUUAAAUUUAAUGCACAUUAUGAUUAAUGCAUUCUUGUUGCAAUAUUUUUUUAAGUAUUCAAUAACUUUAUUAUUAUUGCAACUUCAUUGUGUGUUUCAAGCACAGCUGAAUUUUAAUAAAGGCCAAUAAUAUAAAGCGUGAAUGAAAAAAAAUCUGUUUUGAUUU